AUGCCCUUGACAAACCAACAGAUUUGCUUUCUGAAUGGAAGUCCAGAUGAAGUCAUCCGUAGCUUGUUUUAUAACAAGAACAAUGACUCGCUUAUAACCGUAUCAGUUCAUGGUUCUGCAAAUUUCAGUGCUUUAAGAUGCAGGACAACUCGAAUUGAGUAUAUACGCCGUGGAAAGUCAGAUGCUGGUUUCCCUCUUUUUGAGACAGAAUCGUCGAGGUGGCCAGGUUUCGUGGUGUUUGAUGAUGUAAACGGAAAGGUGCCGACUUACUCUGCUCAAGACAGGUUGGUGAAAUUACAACAAAUCUGGAGCUGUUGCUUUCAUGCUGAUGAGGGGCGCAGAACUAACUUAAGGAUGUGUCGUUGUCUCUGCAAAGGGAGUUUUUGCUUGGUGCGUCACUCUAUUCGGAGAUGCAACGUCGUGUUUGCCUGGGUAGGUUUUUACCUUUCAUAUGGUCAUUGUUGCCUCAUGCUUUUCUCAGAGAGGGUUUUAUCUGUACUGCCGUCUCUCCUCUUCGUAGUGCUGCUAUGCGUACUGCCACUCGGCGACUUUUUUCUCUAUUUCUUUUUUGCUUUCUUUGGGCAUGGUCGUGUUGUUGCCCCGGCCAUCUUAGUUGCUUCGCUACUUUGGCCAGGUUGUAUGGAUGUUUGCUUUAUCUAUAAAGCGGGGUGAAAGCCUAUUUUGAGAAGGUUU